AGCAUACUGUACUUAGAAAAGCUACAAUUUCUAUCAGAGGGGAGUUUAGACAGGAUGGAGAAGAUAAAAUACGGAGAGGUUGACAAUGACAGACGUAUCUCAUUCCACCACCACCACCACCACUACUUCAAUCCUCUCCUUUUCUCCUGGGAAUGCCCACCACCAUCCCUACUCACUCAGGAUGUUUAACCACAUUGUUCCCGAUCCCCAAGAAACAUCCCUCACCAACACCACCACCACCAUCAUUCCUAUCUCCCUAUGGGAAGUGCCACUGCUGCCAACAGUCUCCCCAAGGCUUCAUGUAUAAGACAGCAAUGGUAUCAUGAAUUAUUCUCACUCCCACAAUGACAUAAUUUCCUUCCUGAGCAUCUGAGAACCAAUCCCUGGCCAUGACCCAUCCCAGACAGGCCUGGGUGUGCUUACUCAUCAUGACCCUAGCACUGCCAUGCCUCAGUCAACAAAACAGCCUGGUUGUGUGGUGCCUCGUCUGGGCCACCCUGUGUGGGAUUGCCAGCCAGUCUUUCAGAACCCGUGCAUCCAGACCCCAAGACACCUGGAUGGUCCACUGGGCACCACACAUCCACCCUAGCCUUCCAGAACCUGUGCAUCCAGACCCCAAGACACAUGGAUGGUCCACCUGGUGCCAUACAUCCACCUCAGCCUUUCACAACCUGUGUCCUGGUCCCAAGACACCUGCAUGGUCCACACAACUAAUAUAAGUCAAGUCAUAUAGAACCUUCUUCCGGUAUGACCUCCACACAGGGACUGCCACGUGUUGCCCUGAUGGUCUCUUGCAGCUUCCCUUAUUUUCUGAUGUUCUUAAAUUAACCUGAACUUAACCCAAGUAUAAACAAUUUUUUGUGCUGGGAAAUAUAUUACAGUGUCAGUGUACAUUGUUGAAUGUGGCACAAGUAUGUACAUAACUUUACUGGUGAAAAUGUGUCAGGAAGUGUUAGACCCUGGGAUUG